AUGCAAGAAAAACGUCACAUGCAAAAAAAACGUCAUAUGCAAGAAAAACAUCAGAUGCAAGAAAAACGUCAAAUGCAAGAAAAACGUCAGAUGCAAGAAAAACUUCAGAUGCAAGAAAUACUUCAGAUGCAAGAAAAACAUCAGAUGCAAGAAAAACGUCAGAUGCAAGAUAAACGUCAGAUGCAAGAUAAACGUCACAUGCAAGAAAAACGUCACAUGCAAGAAAAACGUCAUAUGCAAGAAAAACAUCAGAUGCAAGGAAAACGUCAGAUGCAAGAUAAACGUCGGAUGCAAGAAAGACGUCAGAUGCAGGAAAAACAUCAGAUGCAAGAAAAACAUCAGAUGCAAGAAAAACGUCAGAUGCAAGAUAAACAUCAGAUGCAAGAAAAACGUUAG